GCGACUAUGCAAUACCAUAGCGGAUGAAUGGUCACUUUUAUUUUUUAAACCACAUUUUAGAAAAAGUAUAUUAAAGAGAAAGAGUCAAGGGGUUCCCCGAGGUAUGGCGAGUAUCGCAAGACGCCUACCCCAUUAUAAGUUUGGACUGAUAGCAGACGUGCAAUAUGCAGACUCCGACAACGGAUUCAAUUUCAGCAGGACCAACGAGCGAUUUUAUCGCCGUUCACUGACGCUACUAAAGGAAGCCGUUUACGUUUGGAAGAAAGAAAAAAUAGACAGUGUACUUCAGCUUGGUGACAUCAUAGACGGAAAAUGCUUCUCUGAGAAAAAAUCUGAUAUUUGUUUACAACGAGUUCUAAAUCAAUUUAAUGAAUUACAGAAGGAUGUUUAUCACGUCUGGGGGAAUCAUGAACUGUACAAUUUUGAACGCAAAUUUCUGAUGACUUCCGAGUUAGGACCAAAAGAGGAAUGUUAUUCACCUCCCGAUUGUGCAUAUUAUUCAAUUGAUCUGCAUCAACGGCUUCGACUAGUGGCCCUAGAUUGUUAUGAGGUCAGUUUGCUAGGAGUUGAUAAAUCUUACAGAUAUUUCGACCAAGCAUGGAACACGUUGGGAGCUAUAAACCAAAACGACACUUGGAACAGCCCAGAAGGUCUCGUGGGGUUGGAAAAAAGGUUCGUGAAGUACAAUGGCGGAUGUUCCACAAGACAGAUUCAGUGGUUAGAUGAGGAGCUUGCAGCGGCCAAAAGAAGGAAGCAAAAUGUCAUUGUAAUAGGUCAUCUACCAGUUUUGGAAAGCAGUGCGCAUGCGGCUAAUCUGCUUUGGAACUUUGAUGAAGUCUUACAAGUUCUUAAGGCCAAUAAAGACUGUGUGUUGUGUUAUUUCAGUGGCCACGAUCAUGAUGGUGGAUUUGACUUGGACGAAUCAGGAAUUCAUCAUAUAACAUUGGCAGGAGUAAUAGAGGCAAUAGACAAUAACCCGUUUGGCACCGCGUAUCUAUAUGACAACGAACUUGAAAUCAAAGGAAACGGAAGUGUUCCUGACUUCUGUAUUGACUUAAAGUAUCCAAUAAGGACUGGAACCAGUUGACCAAACUUUUUUCACGAUUUUUAUUGUUAUUUAUUUUAUUCAUGAAAUGAAAUACUCGUACACUGUUUUAACACCAAUGAUUAAUUCAGGAGACGUUUUAUAUGAAGUGCUCAUUAUUUUAUUGAAGAUUUUUAUCAUUUUUUAUU